GAUGGAGCUUCGAAUAUGAGAGGUGAAUUCAAUGGUCUUCAGAAACUUAUUAGAGAUGAGAACCCGUAUGCUUUCUAUGUCCAUUGUUUUGCACAUCAAUUGCAAUUGGUAGUCGUUUCUGUCGUAGGUAGUUGCACAUCUAUUCAUGAGUUCUUUGAAUAUGUUAAUAUGAUUGUGACCACAACUAGUGCAUCUUGCAAGAGAAAGGAUUUAUUAUCUAGUAAGCACCGUGAGAACUUAUUGGCCAAGUUAGAUAGCGGUGAUAUUUUUUCUGGAAGAGGGAAACAUCAAGAAACUAACUUGGCCAGAUCCGGGGAUACUAGAUGGGGUUCUCAUUACAAAACUUUAAUUCGUAUUGAAUCCAUGUGGGUUGCUGUGAUAGAGGUGCUAGGGCUUGUACAGGAAGAUGCCCGAAAUCCAACAUCAGCGGGUGGUUUGAUGAGAAUAAUGGAGAGCUUCAACUUUGUGUUCAUUAUGAAGAUGAUGUUGAAAAUUUUUCAUAUUACAAGUGAGUUAUCUCUACUCUUGCAAAGAAAGGAUCAAAAUAUUGUUGAGGCCAUGUCAUUACUGAUUGAUGUGAAAGCACGUUUGCUUAACUUGAGGAAUCAUGGUUGGGAGCCAUUGUUUGCGGAAGUCAAAACAUUUUGUAAACAAAAUGAGAUACCAAUUCCAAAUAUGGAUGAAAUAGUACCAAGAUGGGGCCAAUCAAGACGAAGUAAGAUCAGUGUCACUCAAGACCAUCAUUAUCGUGUUGACAUCUUUUAUGUAGCUCUUGAUGCUAUAAACACAGAGAUGACUCAUCGUUUCAGUGAGCUAUCUUCAGAGUUGCUUAUAUGUUUUUCUUGUCUUGAUCCAAGAGAUAGUUUCUCAAAAUUUGAUGUGCACAAGAUUGCUAGACUUACGGAGAUAUAUGACAUAGAUUUCUCCAUCAGCGAUCGUGCAGUUAUAAAAGAUCAACUUGAAACAUUCAUUCUUCAUGUUCGAAGAGUUGAAGAUUUUAUUGGUUGUCAUGAUCUUGCAAGUCUAGCAACAAAAAUGGUACAAACCCAAAGACAUAUUGUGUUUCCAUUGGUGUACCACCUUAUUGAGUUAGCAUUGGUACUACCAGUUGCAACAGCAUCUGUUGAAAGAGUCUUCUCGGCCAUGAACAUCAUCAAGACUGAUUUGCGCAACAGGAUAUGCGAUGAUUGGCUCAAUGACUUGAUGUUGUGUUAUAUUGAGCAGGAUUUAUUCAGAAGACUAGAUUCUAAUGCCAUUAAGAACCGGUUUCAAGACAUGAAAACAAGGAAGAUGAAUUUGCCUAAGCCUUCUAGUUCUAGACAUAAUUAAUGAUUGUGUUUCCGUUCAUAUGGUUUUAUCAAUUUAUGUUGGGGAUCUUUUCGCCUCGCCUACCAAUUGUCUUAAUUAAGGUAUUUUUUUUAAUUUCUUCUUAAAGUUCGCCCUACCUUCUUUGCUUGUCU